CUGAACUCCACCACGUUCGAAGUAAACAUUUCUUAAUUAAAUUGUUCUGUUUUUCCCAUUUCCAGACGGUAUUGAUCAACACGUUACGUCAGUAUUGAUAACUUUGUAAAACCAAAGUCAAGUGCAAUUGCACAGUUCAAAAUUCUCCAGGACAUCACAAAAGCAGGGUUACCGAUUUUAAUUUUUUUUCCAAACGUGCCCUUCCGCUCGCAAUGCUUCGCUAUUUCCUUUAAGUCCUGCUAUAGCUUCAUUUACUUUUGGAGACUUUUUUGUUUUCGUGGGAAAAGAAUAAUAUAGGCUGCUUAACGGAGGGAAUCCAGCCCAUAUAUUUAGUCUAGCCGGUGAGAAAAAAAUCUCUUCAAUAUCCCCCAAGAUGGCCGCCGAUGUGGGAUCGAUGUUUCAAUAUUGGAAGAAAUUUGAUCUACGGCGGCUUCAGAAAGAGCUCAACUCGGUGGCCUCGGAGCUGGCAGCAAGGCAAGAAGAAAGCGAGCACUCUCACAAGCAUUUGAUUGAACUCAGCCGGGAAUUCAAGAGAAAUGUACCAGAGGAAGUUCGGGAGAUGGUGGCACCCAUCCUUAAGAGCUUCCAGUCCCAGGUGGUAGCACUUAGUAAACGAAGCAAAGAGGCUGAAGCCGCCUUUCUGGGUGUUUACAAGCAGUUCAUUGAAGCACCAGACCCAUCUCCGGUGCUAGAAGCCGCCCACAGUCUGGAGGAGAGGCUGCAGCAGCUGCAGAGCAGCGACCCCGAGAGCCGUGCCCUCAAAGAGAUCAGCCGGCACUGGAGGAGACACCUGGAGCACCACAGCAGCCAGGUGGAGACGGAGGAAGGGCUGGUGGCUGAGCCCUCGAAGCCCCACCCCAACAGAAAGGCACUUAGAGCAGGAGAGACCCAGCUGCUGAACAAUGAGAGCAAGAAAGAAAAAGGGAUCGAAGAAGCACAGAUCAGCUUGGCAGCCAGGCUGGGGGAAGCAGAAGAGAAAAUCAAGGUCCUUCACUCAGCCCUGACAACAACCCAAACAGAGCUCCUGGACCUGAGGCGUAAAUAUGAGAAAGAAGCAGCUUCAAAAGCAGAAGAAGUGGGAUUGAUCAUGACAAAUCUGGAGGAAGCAAAUCAGAGAACAGAGACGGCACAGAGGGAGGUAGAGAGUUUACGAGAACAGCUUGCGACUGCAAACAGCACCGUCCACCUGGGCUGUCACACUGCGGAGGAGGCCAGGGGGCAGGAUAAGCGUGAGUCUCGGUGCUCAGGAUCCCGUUUGGAAGCCGCACUGGUAGCUAAAGACAGAGAGAUCAUCCAAUUACUGAAGGACGUCCAGCGUCUGCAAAUCACACUGCAGGAACUCAAGGAGAGCUCGGCCAAUCAGAUUGCAGGGAUGGAACGUCAGCUUGCGUACAAGACUGCAGCUAUAGAAAGACUUGAAGCAAAGUUACAAACACAGGCGGAUUAUGAAGAAAUUAAAACAGAGCUCAGCAUACUCAAAGCAAUGAAAUUCGCUUCAGCAAACAGCAGCUCGUCACAAGACACAUCAAAAGCAGCAGAGGGUUUGCAGCUCGACAAAGAGGCCUUUCUUCCAUCUCAGAAGUACCUGCUUGAGAAAACCAGUCUCUUACACAGCAAUGAGGAAGACCAUUCUGAAGAGGAGUCCCUGAAGGAUUCUCUGGGCACUUCGCUGUCCUUCCCGUCCCCCCUGAGACCCCCACAACCCCUGCUAGACGGCCCUCCCUCCCCCAGCUCCGGACCACCUUUGCUGACCCCUGAUCUCCCUCGCCCCUUCUCCGUCUCCCCCUUCUCCGGAGACAAGCUCCCUGUGGACCCUCUCCUCCAGAAGAAGCUGCUGCCCCCGCUCUACAAGAAAGACAGCGUUAGCCUCAUGGCCUUCCCCACCGCUCUGUAUGCGGCCAAGGCGGCCCUCGUGUCAGCCAAUCAGAGCCAGGCGAUAGCCAGUGGCGAGGCGGGGCCUCCCAGCGACCAAUCGGAAAGCGGGAGCUCCAGCGCUGGGGACGAAGAGCACGUGGAGACGACAGAGAUAGCCUAUCAGGUGAAGGAGCAGCUGCUGAAGCACAACAUCGGGCAGCGUGUUUUCGGACACUACGUACUAGGUCUGUCGCAGGGCUCUGUCAGCGAGAUCCUCGCCCGGCCCAAACCCUGGAGGAAGCUCACCGUCAAGGGGAAGGAGCCCUUCAUCAAAAUGAAGCAGUUCCUGUCCGACGAGCAGAACAUCCUGGCACUGAGGACCAUCCAGGUCCGGCAGAGAGGAAGCAUAACUCCAAGGAUCAGGACCCCGGAAACAGGAUCAGAUGAUGCCAUUAAAAACAUCCUGGAGCAAGCCAAAAAGGAAAUUCAGUCACAGAAAGGGAGCGAUGGCAAGCCCUGCUCCGUAGCCACCUCUGCGAGCAGCAGCAACGGUAGCAGCAGCAGCAGCAACAGCUCAGACGACACCAUCAAGAGCAUCCUGCAGCAGGCGCGGCGGGAGAUGCAGGCGCAGCACCAUGCCCUGCUGGAAAUCGAGUCCUGCGGCCGGGGAGCAGUUCCAGCGCCGGAGGGGCAGGGGGUGGCGGGCAAGGUGCUCCCGCUGCCCGCCUACGUCAAACAGGAGGAGGGGGGCGAGCUGCCUGCCUCUGUCUGUAGCGGCACCAUCUCAGGCAGCAGCCAGACCCCCCUCAGCGUGCUGUCCCCAGCCGCGUUUGUCCAGAAUAUCAUCCGCAAGGUGAAGUCAGAGAUUGGGGACGCAGGGACUUACUUCGACCAGCACUGGUCAGCUGAGAGGGGCCCUGUUAGCAGCAUGCCCCGUCCCUUCACUUCCGUCUCCCCUUCCCUCUCGUCCUCCUCCUCUUCCGGCUACUCAGCCAUGCCCAGGCCCUGGCCCCGCGCCGAGAAUGGAGAGAGCCUGCCCAACAGCGAGGAGGCCUCAGCAGCCGAGGAGGACCAGGGCAAGCUGGUGGAGGUGAAGUCCGAGGUGGAGGCUUCCGGCAACGGGGAGUCGGAGAGCCUGGGCCGCCUGUCCUACUACCCAUCCUACGUGCCUCGCACACUCAAGCCCACCGUGCCCCCGCUCACCCCCGAGCAGUACGAACUCUACAUGUACCGGGAGGUGGACACCCUGGAGCUCACGCGGCAGGUCAAAGAGAAGCUGGCUAAGAACGGCAUCUGCCAGAGGAUCUUCGGCGAGAAGGUGCUGGGACUGUCCCAGGGCAGUGUGAGUGACAUGCUCUCCCGACCCAAACCCUGGAGCAAGCUGACCCAGAAAGGCCGUGAGCCCUUCAUUCGCAUGCAGCUCUGGCUCGUGGAUCAGCUGGGCCAGGGACUCGUCCAGUCUGUGAACUACACCCUUGAUAAAAGCCCACUGCAGGCCCGGUCAUCUCCCUCACCCCCUCCCAGCCCUGUGGAGGACCAGCCCAGCCCCCAGGGGGAGCCGAUGAGCCUGGCACUGGAGAGCAGCAAGGAGAACCAGCAGCCAGAGACCCAGGCCUCCUCACCCACUCUGCCCAGCCACCUCCCCCACCAGCACCACACCCCGCUGGGCAUCCAGGAGCUGGUGGCCAUGUCCCCAGAGCUCGACACCUACUCCAUUACCAAGAGGGUCAAAGAAGUGUUGACAGACAACAACCUGGGGCAGCGGCUCUUUGGAGAGAGCAUUCUGGGUCUGACCCAGGGAUCAGUCUCUGACCUGCUGUCCAGACCCAAGCCCUGGCACAAGCUGAGCCUCAAGGGGCGUGAGCCCUUUGUCCGCAUGCAGCUCUGGCUCAACGACCCACACAACGUGGAGAAACUGCACGACAUGAAGAAGAUGGAGAAGAAAGCCUACCUGAAGCGGCGGUACGGCCUGCUGAGCACAGGCUCCGACAGCGACUCUCCCAGCGCUCGCUCGGACUGUGUGAGCCCCUGCCUGGCGCCAAGCGACUUCGGACACUUCAGCCAGUCCAAGAAAGCGCGCGUGGUGCUGGCAGCCGAGGAGAAGGAAGCCCUGAAGAAGGCCUACCUGCUGGAGCCCUACCCCUCCCAGCACACCAUUGAGCUGCUGGGCUCUCAGCUCAGCCUCAAGACCAACACCGUCAUCAACUGGUUCCACAACUACAGGUCUCGCAUGCGGAGGGAGGUUCUGCUGGAGGGUUACCAAGACAAUGACACGGAUCCAGAGUCCAGUAGCUACGGUGGGGGCUACCCCCACAGCACCCCCACCCCACACAGCCCCGACUCAGACACGGAGGACAGGAAACCCGUCGUGUUCCACUCCCUCAGCGAGGGCUGCGGCCUGCACGGGGAGACCCUGGUCAAGGUGAAGCAGGAGGCGCCGGAUAACUGUGAGGGAGAGGAGGAAGAGGAGGAGCAGGUAUCCACAGCCGUCAAGUUCCCCUGCCUGCUGAAAAAUGAGGAAGAGGCCGGUGACUGCCACAAGAGCCUCCGGGAGGAUGGGGCGCUGUGCAAAACUCCUUUGGGAACUCCGGGCUCCCUGCCCGAGCCGGGCCGGUCCGUUUCCAGGCAGGAGAGUGAGGAGAAGUUGGUGUCAGACCCAGUCAGCUUCAAGGCUGCCUCUGAACCUUCUCGCGGCAGCCUGGAGGUUUCUCUCAACUCCCCCUCGGCAGCCUCCUCACCCGGCCUCGUGAUGUCAGUCUCACCCGUCCCAUCGUCCUCCGCUCCCAUUUCACCCUCCCCGUCCAACGCUGCCACGAGCUCAGACCCCUCGCCGCCUGAGAACCCCAAAUCCAAUAAGAACACACAGCGGCGAAACGAGAAGAUGGCAAACCUGAACAACAUCAUCCACCGGCUAGAGAGAGCAGCCAACCGAGAGGAGACCCUGGAGUGGGAGUUUUGAAGAUUUUUUUUUUUUUUUUUUAAGUUUUGUAAACUUGAA